CGCGCGGCCCCGGCGGCCGGAGCCCAGCGCAGCCCGCGGCACCCGGCGGCGACGGCAGCAGGGAGCAUGCAGAGUCCAGAGGGUGGAUCAGACUCAGCAGCUUCUGUGGCUCUUCACCCGUCGGGCUCAGCGCAGGCACCAGUGGUGCAGGCAGUGCCAGCCUCACAGCAGAGGGUUUUGGUCCAGGCCACAGGCUCUGCUCCCAAAGGAGCACAGAUGCAGCAAAUCUCUGUUCCCAGAGUCCAGCAGGUUCCACAGCAGGUGCAGUCUGUGCAGCACGUUUAUCCAGCCCAGGUGCAGUAUGUGGAAGGAGGAGAAGCUGUUUACACCAAUGGAACCAUACGAGCUGCCUACUCGUACAGCAGCGAGGCGCAGAUUUACGCCCCCGCCAGCGCCACGCCCUAUUUCGAAGCGCAGGGAGGAGGAGGAGGAGGAGGAGCUCAGGUGACUACAGCGACAUCCUCUCCUACAGCCAUUCCCUCUCACAACAUGGUGGGCAUCACCAUGGACAUUGGGGGAAGUCAGAUCCUCUCCGGCUCGGGAGCCUAUCUCAUUCAUGGGGGGCUGGAGAACUCUAGACAUUCUCUGUCUCACACCUCACGCUCCUCUCCAGCAACGCUUGAAAUGGCGAUUGAAAACCUACAAAAAAAUGAAGGGAUAACAUCACACAAAAGCAGUUUGCUCAACAGCCAUCUGCAGUGGCUGCUGGAUAACUAUGAGACAGCAGAGGGUGUGAGCCUGCCCCGGAGCUCCCUGUACAACCAUUACCUGAGGCACUGCCAGGAGCACAAACUGGACCCCGUCAACGCCGCCUCCUUCGGGAAGCUCAUCCGCUCUGUCUUCAUGGGGCUGAGGACACGGCGCCUGGGCACCAGGGGAAAUUCCAAAUAUCACUACUAUGGGAUCCGCCUGAAGCCGGAGUCGCCGCUGAACCGCCUGCAGGAGGACACGCAGUACAUGGCCAUGAGACAGCAGCCCAUCCACCAGAAACAAAGGUACAGAGCAGCCCAGAAGAUGGAUGGGAUGGCAGAGAGUGCAUCCAACAGCACCCCCCACACCACCCCUGAGCAGUCAGUGGCUGCUCAGUGCCAGCACCACCAGCAGUUCAUAGAUGUAACCCACGUCUUUCCUGAGUUCCCAGCCCCUGAUCUUGGCAAUGUCCUCUUACAAGAAGGUUUCACCUUGAACGACGUGAAAACUCUGCAGGUUCUCUACAGGAGGCACUGUGAGGCCACUUUGGAUGUCGUGAUGCACCUCCAGUUCCACUACAUCGAGAAGCUGUGGCAAUCCUUCUGGAAUCCCAAGGCACCCCCUAGUGAUGGCCCCACUGCUCUGCCCUCCAGUGAAGAGGAACCCGAAGGGACCCUCCCAAAGGACAAACUGAUCACCCUGUGCAAGUACGAGCCCAUCCUCAAGUGGAUGAGGAGUUGUGACCACAUCCUGUACCAGGCCCUGGUGGAGAUCCUCAUCCCUGACGUGCUCAGGCCAGUGCCCAGCACGCUGACCCAGGCCAUCCGGAACUUUGCCAAGAGCUUGGAAGGGUGGCUGAUGAAUGCCAUGAGUGAAUUCCCCCCCCAGGUCGUGCAGACCAAGGUGGGGGUGGUGAGUGCCUUUGCCCAGACCCUGCGCAGGUACACGUCCCUGAACCACCUGGCGCAGGCGGCGCGCGCCGUGCUGCAGAACACGUCCCAGAUCAACCAGAUGCUCAGCGACCUCAACCGCGUGGACUUCGCCAACGUGCAGGAGCAGGCCUCGUGGGUGUGCCAGUGUGAGGAGGGCAUGGUGCAGAAGCUGGAGCAGGAUUUCAAGCUGACUCUGCAGCAGCAGAGCUCUCUGGACCAGUGGGCCAGCUGGCUGGACAAUGUGGUCACUCAAGUGCUGAAGCAUCACGAGGGCAGCCCCAGCUUCCCCAAGGCAGCCAGGCAGUUCCUGUUGAAGUGGUCCUUCUACAGCUCGAUGGUGAUCCGGGACCUCACCCUGCGCAGCGCCGCCAGCUUUGGCUCCUUCCACCUGAUCCGCCUGCUCUACGACGAGUACAUGUUCUACCUGGUGGAGCACCGUGUGGCCCAGGCAACAGGGGAGACCCCAAUUGCUGUCAUGGGAGAGUUUGGUGACCUCACAUCCCUGUCCCCAACACUGCUGGACAAAGAUGACAUCGAGCUGGGCACGGAGGGGGAUCCAGGAGAGCCUCUGGUGAAACGGGAGCGCAGCGAGCCCGGCCACUCCCUGCAGGACAUCUGAGCCCUGGGCUGGACCUGGCCACCCCUGCAGGACAUCUGAGCCCUGGGCUGGACCCUGCAGG